AUGUCGCUUUUCACGGCGCAGCUAUACCCAGGCAGGGCGCUAGGCUUUCUGAUCCUUGGCGCAUCGCUACAUGAUGUCCUGACACGCCUCAAAGCCGAGCCGCAGCGUUUCCCGAGACUCGAAGUCCUCCACUCGCCAGAUAGACCCGUCACUGAACCUGUGUGCGUUGUCCUUCCGCAGAAUGGACUCCGGCUGCGCUUCGAUGGGCCCGAACAGCGGCUGCGACUGAUUGAGGUGGUGGACUUUACAAAAAUUCACAUCACAUUCAAGGACAGGGAUUUGUUGAAGCAUACGACGAAUGGAACUUCAGCUCCCGGAUCGCCCGUCCCAGGGGAGUCGCCGCUAGGGCCGACCUUUAGGCACAUUUACCAUCGGCUGCUGGGCCCGACCUAUGCCGGCGAGUUUAUCCCCCCAUCUAGCGGGCAGGAAGACGGCACUUAUGUCCUGUCCUAUCCGGGAGUGGCUUUUAAUUUUUCACUGGCGAAAUCGGCCUACUCACCGGAUAAGGAUGUGGUCACGCUGUUGUCCGCUUCGUCGAGCCAGGUUGCUACUUCGAUGGCCGUAUUCAGUGGGACAUCCUGGGCUGAGGCGCGACAGACGCUGUGGACAGAGAUACUGCCUAGUGUUAAACAAACUUCUGUGCUACCAAAGACAAAAGAUGUGUACCCGGACGAGGUGUCGCUGAUUCGGAUACAUGGUGGUGGAAAGUUGGAUUUGUUUCGGAAGUGGACGAAUAAUGCCUUUCGGAUUCAGCUAGGGGAAACGACGCCUCAGGAGCUGGUGAUGGAACUGGGUCCGCCGAAUGCGAUUUACCGGAAGAACGAUCAAAAGAUGGUGAUUCACAAGAUGCGGGCGGCGAGCAGCUCCCGUGGUCGGCCAAGUUCAUCUGACAUCGGCCGCCCUGAUGAUCUCACCGAUACAGACCAAUCAUCCAUGAAUACCGGUUCAGACGAUUCAGACAACGACGAAGCCAUCGACGAACAAACAGCAAGCAAUCCUUUGGAAGAGUGUUUCUACAACUACUUCUAUCUUGGCUUUGACAUCCUCCUCUCCCUACCAACCCAGCCAUCAGCUGUACCCCCCGCAGACGACACCAGCGAAGACCCAGCAGAAAACCCAAUCAAACAUCACCACCCUGACCGUCUUGUCGCCACCAAGGUUGUCCUCCACGGCAACGUGCCUGGGUCCUACGAAUUCAACCGCCACCGUCGCUGCCGCUGGGAAAUAGCGUACCUUGACGAUGUCACGUCCGAAACGCAGUUCAAAUACGUCGAAGAAGGCAUGAACUCUAAAUGGGAGGGUGCAUACUCGCUAGGAAAAGUGCCACAAGGACAGAGGGGAAUGGUACUGAACCGUGGAUGGGGCGAUAGCCCGGGGAGCAGCUGCGAGUUUUUGGGAGGUUGGGAAGAGAGUGGUGCGAAGAGGGCAGAGGCAAACGGGGAUUCGACGACGACAUUGUAUGGGUUUCCGGGUCUGGUGUUUGAGGUGUUGAGGAACGAUUAUGUCAAUACCGUGACGAUAUUUUAA